CCUUCUGUACUCGUAGUGUACCGAAGUGUCAACAUUUUUUAAGAAGUGGGUAAACAAAGUGACACAAGCGGCGCGAAAGUUUACAAUCUUUAUAUAGCAGAUUAUUGGUGAACAUGGACAUUAUUUUUAUUUCAUCAUGUUUAUUUCUGUACUAAUCAUUAUUCACGCGUGUUACGCAGUUGUUACAUCGAGGACAUAUCAAUGUAACCAGAAGAAUGAGUAUGACCUCUACAUGUCAUGUUUGAACCAAUGGAGGGUAGUGCGAGAUUUCAGUCUUGGACACUCCUCUUUUCUGAAGGAUGUCUCACUUAUAGACGAAAUAUGCAUCAUGCCUGAAAGCCUUACAGUAGAGGAGAUGGAUACAUGUGUGACUUAUGCUGUUUCUCCAUUUUGUGAAAAGAUCAUUGCACACUGGAAUGGGCUUAAACAGUUCCUCAGUUAUUUAUGUAAACACAGAGAUGCUUUUGAAGGGAAGUAUGCUCGAUGCAGAACUAAUGUUGGUUUUCAGUCAGCCUACGAACAGUGUUUGUCAACAAAUGUACAACAAAUAAGUGCAUUUAAGGACAACUGCAGGGCGUACAGACAGUUGGAAAGAUGCUUAAAGAACGCUCUGGCGGAAUAUUGUUCGAAGAGAGCAGCUGAAUUCUUCAAUUUGGCCUUUUCUACAAGGGAUGACCCUCUGAAAGCAUACAGCUGCAAACAAGAAGAAGAAAUCGUCCCUGAAUACAUGUUCGGCAUAAAGAGCGGUGGCAGCAGUGCUGAUGAUAAACAGAAAAACGAAAAACAUUCGACAGACCACUCUCCAAGUGAUAGUCACAAUGCCGAAGUUGCAGAAGAAAAUCUUGCAGUUAAUAAAUCAAAUGGCAGUAACAUAAUGCGUGCCAAUCCGUACUUUCUCCUGUUUUUGUACUUGUUAAGACUUUUUCAAUAAGGAACUGAAAGAAAAUUGAAUUCUAAAAGGAUUGUAUUCUUUUAAAACAUUUUGCGAGCGAUCUACUCGGUCAGUUAUCCGCCAUAUUGUGUUCAAUGUCAUUUGACUAUUUGAUAUGUUAUUUAAGAAUAUACUCUUUCAUUGUGCAAUUCAUGUACGUGUAUAUACUUUCCGUAUAAAAUGUCCAUUUGUAACAAUUUGAGUCUUAAGCUACAGUUGAAUCGGAGCUCUAAGAUCUCCAUGAUUCUAGGUCAUCAUGCCUCGCGCGACUGUGUGUCAAAGGUCGAUCUACAUGUAUCUUUUAGUACUCCACCCGAGUAGACGGGUAUUUCAAAACUCAACAAGCUUUGUUAUUUGAAUUUCGAGUAGAGACACGACCCGAGAACGACGCUUAUAUCAAACUUCAACCUUCUCAAAUAACUUUGUUCGAAUUUCGAGUACCGACCCUACCUGAGAAUCACAAUCAUUUCAAAAACACACUUUACAACCCGAAUGUAAGUUAAACACUGACGAUAGGUAAACUUGACGUCAAAAAAGUUUUUCGUCAAGCACUGAUACCAGUUAAGAAUGACGUUUCAUAUAUAUUAGAGUGCAUUUGUAAAGGCUGUAGGUAUGUUAUUACACUUUAAAUUCUACUACACUUCAAAAACAGUUACGUGCAGAAAGUAAGGUCUUUUACAUUAAGUUGAAUUUGAAUUUGUAGUUGUUAAGUGAACAGUUAUUAUUAGAAUAGCGUCAAGUGUUAAUUGUCUAGCCUCUUGACACAUCUUAUAGGGUUAGUAGACUGACUUCUGCCAGCGCAUGUUUUGUCCAUUGUUAUAUUUCAUGCUUUCUUAUUUAUUACUCAUAACAUACUUUACAGUUCUUAUGUAGCAAUUAUCGGAUAAUCUUGUUAAGUUCAUUCACUGUUCUUUUUUCUUCUUCUGCACUAUAUAAUAUUUUUCAUUGUUUAUACCAGUUCCAAAAGAUAUAAAAUUAAAACAGUUUUCCUGAAAAAAAUAUACGUUGAAUCACGGCGUGAUAUUUACAUUCGCCCUAUUCUUUUCCAUUUUGACGUUCAUUUCGUAUAAACAGCGAAAGGAAAGGCGCGAAAGUUACAUCAUCUCUGCUUAGUGAUAACGGGCCGCUAUUUUUACGAUGUCCGCGUACUGUAGUAUAGUCAAGGAGAACGUUCCUUAGAUGACGUCCCAGUUAUUCCGCUAGUCUGGAGAACAGAAUGGCCGGGAAGCUGAUUUUAAUGUUAAAUACAACAAAAUCUGUGCAAUUUAUAAUAGUAUCUUGUUUACAAAUGGAAAGGAAAUAUAAUGUAAAUAUAAGAAAUGAUAGAUUUUUUUCGGUGUUCAUGUGAAAUAAACGACAGAAUAGGAUCGGCAAAAUUAAAAUUACUUGUUUAAAUAGGUAUGUUAUGCAUUUUAUAGUUAAAAACACCGUGAAAAUGAUUUAUUAUUGGAAAAAUGACAUAAAAACUACGCAUACCCGUACUUUGAAUUUCAUUCAUCUACUAAAUAAAUUCAUGUAUAUGAUCCUACAUAAUGCAUCUAGAUUUUUUUUUCUGUUCUGGCGGUCUGAAUUUUACAACUUCUCUGUUUUGAAAGAAAAUGAAUAUGUGAAAAUAGGUCUAUUUGUUGGGGCUACUCCCACCACUCUUUUCUGAGCUGUACACGAGGUUCGUUCAAAGUUCAGGCUGAUUUGUAGUUUUAAAAAAGCGCUGUUCCUAAUUGACGCCGAUACUCAAACGUACGUGGUCAAUUAAGAAUUCUAACAUGGCUCGAUUUGGUUUCCAGUUGAAUAAAGAAGGAAAUCAAGCUCUGUAUAUUCUGCGAUAAACAACGGUUGACGCGCGGACCGGUAAGAGAGUAUUAUGACGUCAAAUUGCAUAUGGCAUCCGAUACAUUACUUCUCGGACAAAUGAAUUCCAGCAUAAUAUUUAUUAAAAUAUGUCAAUGAGCAUGUCAGAAUGAAAACAAUCAAGGCCUUCUUGUGGUUUAUCGUCCAAUAUACCACGGUUCAUCGUUCAGAUGCUUCAGUAUUUAACCACUUGGGCUAACGCUCUCGUGAUUCAAUUCCUACGCAUCUGAACUCUGAACCGUGGUAAAUUAGACUAUAAACCAUUCGAAGGCACAACUUUGAUACUUCUUUGUCAAAAACAAAUUAAUCGGGUCGUGUUAGAAUACUACUUCACGCUCGCGGUGCGUUGAUAAAUUGCAGUCGCCUCACAGUCAAAUAUAGGAAAUGGGACAGAUUUACUGAUGCCGUGUCGUUUGAGCUGUCAGUCAAUGGCUCCUUCUGAAAAUGUAUGGAGCUACGAUGACGUAAUCCAGGUAGAAAAGCUGAUCAAAAAUAAAUGCUUAAAAGAUUUUCGUUGCACUCUGUUAUUGCUGUCGUGAAAUUAGGGCAGUUUAUAAUGAAAGUUUGUUUGUAUAUGCCUUUUCUGUUCAUCAGCAGUUUUUUCCAUAAAAAGGUAGCAGUAAGUUUUUAUUAUAAGCAAAGUUAUGACAAAUUUAAUAUUAAAUCCAGUUAAGUCUGAUUCAGCAGAAAAAUGGGCGUAGAUCUUUUUUCUUAAGAAUUUUGCGUACGUUUCAUUUUGGACCUGUUUUGUUGUAUUCAUAUUUUAUUGUUAUUUUUGUAUAUACUUUUAAGUUACGGGUAUACAGUAUUGCUAAUGAUUGUAAUUUUUUUUUCAAAAAAAACUUUGUUAUGUUGAUUAUGUAAAUAAAAAAAUAAAUGUUAUUGCUUUUUAAGCUCACCUGAGCCAAAGGCUCACGGUGAGCUAUUGUGAUCGCUCACCGUCCGGCGUCCGUCCACACUUUACUUUAAACAACAUCUCCUCCUAAAUCACCAAGCCAGUUUUGAUGAAACUUCACAGGGAUGAUCCUUGGAUGGUCUUCUUUAAAAAUUAUUCAAAUAAUUGAAUUCCAUACAGAACUCUGGUUGCCAUGGCAACCGAAGGGAAAAACUUCAAAAAUCUUCUUGUCCAAAACCACAAGGCCUAGGGCUUUGAUAUUUGGUAUGUAACAUCAUCUAGUGGGCCUCUACCAAGAUUGUUCAAAUUAUACCCCUAGGGUCAAAUAUGGCUCACACCGGGGGUCACAUGGUUUAUAUAGACUUAUAUAGGGAACAACUUUGAAAAUCUUCUUGUCCAAAACCAUAAGGCCUAGGGCUUUGAUAUUUAGUAUGUAGCAUCACCUGGAGGGCCUCUACCAAGAUUGUUCAAAUGAUUCCCCUAGAGUAUAAUAUGGCCCCGCCCUGGGGGUCACAUUGUUUCUAUAGACUUAUAUAGGGAAAAACUUUGAAAAUCUUCUUGUCAAAAACAAAAGGGCUUAGGGCUUUGAUAUUUGGUAUGUAGCACCAUAUAGUAGGCCUCUACCAAGAUUGUUCAAAUGAUCCCCCUAGGGUGAAAUAUGGCCCCGUCCAAGGGGGUCACAUGGUUUAUAUAAACUUGUAUAGGAAAAAACUUUAAAAAUCUUCUUGUCUGAAACAACAAGACCUAGGCUUUUGAUGUUUAGUAUGUAGCAUUGCCUUGUGGUUCCCUACCAAGAUUUUUCAAAUUAUUACCCUGGGGUGAAAAGAGGCCCUGCCACGGGGGUCCCUAGUUUUACAUAGACAUAUAUAGGAAAAAAACGUUAAAAAUCUUCUUGUCUGAAAUUGCAAAGCAUAGGCUUUAGAUAUUUGGUAUGUUGCAUUGCCUAGUGGUCCUCUACCAAGAUUAUUCAAAUUAUGCCCCCGAGUUGAAAAGAGGCCCACCCAGGGGGUCCCAAGUUUUACAUAGACUUACAUAGGAAAAACUUUAAAAAGUUUCUUGCCUGAAACUGCAAGACCUAUGCUUUUGAUAUUUGGUAUGUUGCAUUGCCUAGUGGUCUACUACCAAAAUUGUUCAAAUUAUGCCCCCCUGGGGUGCAAGAGGCCCUGCCCUGGGGUCCCAAGUUUUACAUAUACUUAUAUAGGGAAAACUUUAAAAAUCUUCUUGUCUGAAAGUUCAAAGCCAAUGCCUUUGAUAUUUUGUAUGUAUCAUUGCCUAGUUGAUCUCUAACAAGAUUGUUCGAAUUAUGCACCUGGGGUGAAAAGAGGCCCCGCCCCAGGGGUCACUUGAUAUAUGAGUUAUAUAGGAAAAAUACUUCAAAAAUUAUCAGAUCAUAUUUCCUAGAUUUACCGGAUGACCCCAAGUGAUAAGGGGUCACCCGACUGUGACCUUGACCUACUGACCUACUUUCUUGUUUUUUAAGAUACAGCCUUGAAAUUUGGAUGACAUAUACAGUUUUACACACCAAUCUUUAAACUGACUUUCAGUGACCAUGAAUAUGACCUACUGACCUACUUUCUUGUUUUUAAGCUUUAGCAAAGAAAUUUGUUCAAGCAAGCAACUUAACUCAGGUGAGCGAUAUAGGGCCAUCAUGGCCCUCUUGUUUCUGCUUGCAUGUAAAAAGUCUAGAGUUGGUGUAGUCCAAAGAUGAAAAGUCGCUAUUUUACAUGAAUUUUUAAUCUGUUUCUUUCUUACAAAUUUGUAAAAAAAACUAUCAAAUAAAGCAUUAAAUAUGA